GGCUUUAAAAGCGAGGCAGCCCCAGGCUCACCAGCAGACUGCAGAGGUUCCGAGGCUGGUUGUGUUUCCUGCACGUAGAGCGGGGACGGGUGGAAAUCACAGCCCUUUUCUCCCCAGGAGCACCGCAUUGGGUCCCUGCCUUCCUUGGGCAAAGCAGCAGCAGGACCAUCAUGUCCAACGUGCACCUCUCCAGCGCCUCGGCUCUGGAGCGCUUGGCCGCCCGCAGGACUUUCCCCUUGCACGCCCGCACGGGGGUCUGCCGGAACCUCUUUGGCCCGGUGGAUCACGAAGAGCUGAGCCGCGAGCUGAAGAGCAAACUACGGGAGAUCAGCGAGGAUGACCAGAGGCGGUGGGACUACAACUUCCAGACCGACACCCCGCUGGACGGCCCGGGCAGGCUGCAGUGGGAAGAGGUGGAGGGAGGCUCGGUGCCCGCUUUCUACCGGGAGACACUGCAGGUCGGGAGGUGCCGCUUCCCGGUGCUGCUGGUCAGGUCCAAGCCACCUCUGGGGGACAUGGAUACUCCUGCGGGAGUUAACCCCAGGGACUCUCACCAGGAGCUGGUGGUGUCUGCGUCCUCCUCCCUCAGCCCCCAGGGUAAGACGGCCGCCUUGGAAAGCACUAUCGCGGGGGGUAAAGAGCGGCUCAACCAGGAGAACCGAUCCGAUCAGCUCAACAACCACUCAGGGAUUACAAUCAAACCCGUACCCUGCGCGCCAGCGGCGCUCAAAAGGGUCUCGCCCUUCAGCGCAGCCCACAUCACAGAUUUCUUUGUCAAGCGGAAAAGGCUGGGGGACGCCAAAGCUGCCUGCGACCAUCCCGGCGGGUGUCCCGCCUCUGCGCCCGCCGUGCCCGCCGAGCAGACUCCCCGGAAGCGGCUGCGGUGAAUCAGAUUUUGCACUAUGACACCUAAGGGAGAUUUUGCUUCGUCUCUAGAGGCGCGGAGCCCAGCGGCUGUUCUGCCCACACUUCGUCAGGGGGCAACCCGCACGAGAUCUGGAGCAAGGAGGAUUAAGAUCUAAGCAUCCCUACACCUUCUCCCCCACAAGGAACUGCAUGGAGUGAGAGUGGCUCUGACUACAGCCACGACGGAGCAGUGUUAAUUUACAACUGUGCAAUGUAUUGCGUUUUAUAUAUAAAUGUAUUAUGCCUAAUGUGAGUACACUGGCCAGAAGUGUAAAGCUUUAAAGUCAUUUAUAUGAAAUGUUUAAUCUUUGCUGAUCUCUCAGUGCAAAAAAAAUGUAUAUUUGUACAAAUCUUUUUUUAAAAGAGUUAUACUAACUUAUAUUUUCUAUUUAUGUCAAAUGUGGAUAACGUUGGUUGACACCCAAUAGUCUUGUUUUUUUUUUUUUUAAUUUUGGUUAAGCCAAAGGGCACUAUAUUUGCUUUUAUUUACAAAAUGUAAAUUUAUUUUUUAUAGGGUUUUUUUUUUUUGCAUUCACAAAAUGUAGCUAUAAAAACAAAUCUGUUUCAAUGGUUCCUGAGCCGGUCUGUACCACUGCCAUUGCAAAUAAUGCCACAGUUCAAAUAAAAAAAAGGAGUCCAAAAA